UUUUUUAAAUUUAUACCCAAUAACCCGAAGACACUUAAAGAAAAACUUGAAAUGAGCGUGAUUGUACCAACACCUUAGAAAAUGUGGCUUGGUAACACUUGUGGCAUUUUAGAUAUGCAGUUUGGCUACACUGCUAGUCUCGCACAUUUCUUUGUUGGAAUUUUCUUGUAUUGUAAAAUUCUUUGCUACCCGCAGCUAUCCCUCUAAUAUUAGCUGCAAAUAUUUAAUAUAUUAACUUAUAAUAAUAAAAUAAGUAAAUUUAAAGAAACAGAAAGUUUGAUUUAAACAAAAAAUGCCUGCAGUAGUCCGUAUAAAACGCAGAAUCGAUGAAGAACCACUGAGUGCUUUUAUAUUGAAUAGCAAAAAACGACGCCGUUUAGAUCAUACUGAAGGAGGGGUACACGCGGAAGAGACAGCUGCCGCCGCCGUCGAUGCCGGAGCCAGCAUUGAUAAUGCUGCAAACGAAAAUGGCGAAGUGUCAACAAUACUUAAAUUUGCAGGCACAAUACAAGAACAGGAUGACGGUGCAACCACGCAGUUAGCACGACUUACGAAAGAGGCUGCCAAAGAACUUGUACUACAGAAAUCUUUACGUACGCCAAUUAAUCAUACUGAGCGUGCUAGACAGGAAAUGCGACAAGCACUACAUGAGAGUCGUUUCCGCGUUGUAAAUUGUAUGCGGACCACACUUGAUACCGACGCAAAUGCUGAAGAAGCUGCGAAAGAAGUAACAAUUGUCGAUAUUGAAAAGCAAGAUGCGGACGAUAGAACAACAAACGCGACAUUAGGAGAAGAAAGUCAGCCAAGUUCCACACAAAAUGCUGUAAUGCAACAGCAAUACAACGCAGAAUUGAAUCGCAUCAUUGGAGAUGUCCAUGAAGGCGAGAUACCUACAUUAAAUACACAACAAUCGACUGACUCUGAUACAGGCUAUGUGUAUGAUUUAUAUUUGCCAGAGAACGAAUUACAAAUGGAGUAUGCUGAUAUGAUGGAUAACAACAAUUUAAGUGUACGUCCCUACGAUGAUCUAGUCUACGAGGAUCGCUUUAACGAUGACGAUGAUUGUGACGAUUCAGAAGACUCCAAUAUUGAAAAUUACUAUACAAAUGAUUAUCCAGAUGAAGAUGAUGAUUAUGAAGAUAAUAUUUCAAUGGGCUUACGGCGUAUGCGUAUGGGUACAAAUGAAGGCUAUAUACACACCAUUGAUGGGGAAGAUUCUAGCGUAUCGGAGUAUGGGGAUUCAUCAUCGGACGAAUUUGCUUAUGAUGACGAAUAUCAUAGACGUGGUGCUGUUGAUGAUGAUGACGAUGAUGAUGUUGACUACUAUGAUGCCGGUGAUGAUAGCAGUGAUUGAAUGUCUUAAACAAAUUCAUACUUUUUAUUUAAAAUACAUUUUAAUCUAUUAAAUACUA